AGCUAAAUAGAUUUAACUUUUCACCAAAGAGUUGAGAGAGAGAGUGAAGAUUUAAAAAAGACAGAAAUGGGUAUGAACAAUACAAGAAUCCUCAUCACAGUUCUUGCGCUGGUUUUAACCGCAGCGAUAAUGAUCCAAGAAACUAAGAGCAUUCCCCUAUGUAACGUCGACACAAAUGACUUGCAGAAAUGUCGUCCAGCUGUCACUGGAAACUACCCUCCACCUCCGACUCCCGCCUGCUGCACAGUGGCCAAAACCGCGAAUCUUGAAUGUCUCUGCCCGUUCCUCUCCAGGUCCGGGAUUGACCCAUCAAAACUCAAGGCUCUUUUAGCCAAUUGUGGCGUUAACAAUCCCUCAUGCUUGCCAUGGUCGAUUGAAGAACUGAGGUGGACUGGACACAAUCCGGCCUGCUGCGUACUUUGCCACCAUCUGAAUAUUAAGUCCCUAAGUUAUUAUUUCUUAUGGUGUUCUAUUCAAAUAAAAUCAACAAAUUUUGAAGUUAUUUUUAAGUCACCUUCUCUAUCUACAAGAACCGUGUUCUACACAUUAAUGAAAACAAUAAAGUACUGCUUUUGGCUUUUAUUCCAUUGUGUUCUACUUUCUUGGAUAUCCAAAAACUAACUCGUCAUGUCUCUUCCCUGCUUUGGAUUAAUCUAAUAUAAAGCCCAUGAAUUAUUUUAAUAUAUUAAGAGCAUCUGUAUAAAAAAAACAUUAAGAUAUCUAUUUCACCAGAACAAUUCUUAGGACAUCUCCAACUUACGUCUAUUUUUUUAUGAAAUUUUGCUCCAAUGUUUUUCACUAUAAUAGAAAAAAAAACAUUCAUCUAUUUAUAGAGGUAAAAGUGAAUGUAUCAUUCAUCUAUUACAGAGAGCAAAAUCUUUGUCUCUACUUUUUUUUUUCUAUUUUAGAAAUUUAUAUUAUAGAAAUGAGUUGGAGAUGAUUUUAGCAACUCCGCGUACCUUUUUUUUGCUUCUCAAGCUUAAUCCAGACAUUGUCCUUUGUGAGAACAGAUCUCCGAUAUGAAGUUGGAAAGGUCGAACCUCCAAGCCUUAACCAGCUUAUGCUGUUAUGCAGAGGCAAAAGACCAUAAUCAGAGGUUCUUUUCAAGUACAAACCAGCUACACUUCCGUCUACUUUCUCCUUGUCACUCCAUUAAAUUGGCAGACACGAGAAUGACACAGGUUCCUUGUCGUCGUCUUCGAAAUAGUAAUUGGUGGCUAAUUGAGGAACAAAGUUUUCCUCUUCAUCAUCGUCGAUAAACGCCAUUAAUUUCAAAUUUACCAGAACUAGAGACACAGAAAACUAUUACAAUUUACAAGAGAGUUAGUCCUCUAAAUGAAACACUAGAUCAAAUAAAGUUUAACAUGUAAGCCAUUUUUUGUUCAAGUACGUAUAAAACGAUAAUCAGAGAAUACUAAAAUAAUAAUGCAAUUA